GCGACCAAUCAAAUGAGGUCCCGGGAGCGCGGUCAUCCCUGCUCUGCGCUAGGGUUUCUAAACUUGCGACUGGUUUUCACUUCCGGGCAGAAGUCACGUGACAUAACACAGUAAUUAGGAAGCUCACUUCAGCUUCAAAAUAGCGCAGUUGAGACUCUCACCACACAUUUUAUAAGGUAUUACCUGCAGUAAGCUUGUGGGGUUUAAGUGUCAGGACUAAAGAGGAUUAUCAGAAAUGACUUCUUGGCUUCUGAAGACUUGCAAGCUGCUUUGCUUGUGCUUCACUUUACCUUUGCGCCUCCUGGAUGUGUUCGGUUUACGCGCGGCGUACAAACGUCUCUUCCCCCGGCUCAUGUACAACAUGACGUUCCGGUACAACGACUUAAUGCACAGAGAGAAGAGACAACUCUUCAGGAACGUGAACACGUUUGCCAACAGCGACGGAACGCUUCGCCUGCUUGAGAUCGGCUGUGGCAGCGGCGCCAACUUCCAGUUUUACCCGUAUGGUUGCACCGUGCUCUGCGCCGACCCCAACCCGCACUUUGAGACCUACCUGCGGAGGAGCAUGGACGCCAACAAGCACCUGACCUACGAGGCCUUCCUGGUGCUCCCUGCAGAGGACAUGAGGGAGGUGGAGGACGCGUCUGUGGACGUCGUGGUGUGCACGUUGGUGCUGUGUUCUGUCCAGGACGUCAAGAAGGUUCUGCAGGAAGUUCGACGCGUGCUGAAAACAGGUGGAGCUUUCUACUUCAUGGAACAUGUGGUGUCAAGUCCCUCCACCUGGACACACUUCCUGCAACACACACUUGAGCCCUUGUGGCUCUAUAUUGUAGAUGGAUGCAUCAUUACGAGAGCGACAUGGAAAGAUCUGGAGUCAGCUGGCUUUUCUCAAGUCAACAUUAAACACUUGGCGGCUCCAAUCUCUCUAGUGAUACGACCACAUAUCCAGGGAUAUUGCAUUAAAUAAAAAUAUUUUUUGAGAUGAACAGGAAAAAAAUUUUCAGAAAACAAUAUUGAGUGAAAAUAUAUAUUAUUUACUUACAGAAUCAGCAACAUUUCAAACAUUGUUCCGCAUCUUCGCACCUUUCAAGACCAAAUAAAAUAUCACUUGGACAAAAUGUGCUUCGCCCUCAUUGUCUAGGUAAGGGCCAAGAAAGACUUGCACAUUCAUAUAUAUUUUUUACCCUUUUCCUCCCAUUGUACAAAAAUAAGGAAUGAAAACUGUAACAUUUCCUUAUUGGGAAUAAGAGACACUGCUGUGUAGCAAUUCAUUAAGAAAUAACACAAGUUCUGUGAAUGUUAUUGGGAGACCUACACAACAAAGAAAACCCCAAUAACAUUAUUUUAAAAACACAAGCAAGAAAUGAGACAAAUCCAGAAAAGGACAUUCAGAAAUUGAGACUAAAAAAAGCUCAUUAUUUCAAAUCUGCCGUUUAAAAAUAUACACAACUAUAAAUGUUAUAGCAUUAGUAAAUACAAAAAAAUAAGUGGAAAAAUGUCCAAAUUCUUUUGUUUAGAUAUAUAAAAGUAUAUAUCUGAUUGUUAUAUCAAGCAAAACGUAAAAAGAUGGAGGAUCUCAACCUGAAGUGUUCCAAGAAACCUGAUCGUAUCCAAAGAGCUGAAAGCCCAACUCGUCUCUGCGCUUGAACACGUUAUCCAGUUUUGACACAAUAAAGUUCUUUCAAAGUUUUGAGCUCCUCGAUCAGGGUUUUGUUUUGGUUCUCAAGCACGGCCACUCGGUUCUCCAGGCAUU